UUCAACACUUUUAAGGUUCAGCUUCCCAUUAUUUCUUUUUCUGCUUCUCGAUCUGCAUCUUCUUCUUCUUCUUCUUCUUCUUCUCUUCUCAACCUAAUCAUCAGUGCUCAACUCUUCUCUCUUUCUCUCUCAUCAUGAUUGGGCUUAACCAGAAACCCUUUUUGCAUCUUUGUCUUGUACUUCUUGUGCUGUUUUCUUCUUCUUCUUCCACUGAAUCCCUCAGAUUUGAGCUCCAAUCUGGCCACACCAAAUGCAUCUCCGAAGACAUCAAGAGCAAUUCCAUGACAGUCGGCAAGUACUCCAUCAUCAACCCCAACGAGGGUUUCCCUUUACCCGAUACCCACAGAGUCACAGUUAGGGUGACUUCGUCUUAUGGGAACAACUAUCACUAUGGGGAUCGUGUUGAAUCGGGUCAAUUUGCAUUUGUAGCUGCUGAGGCUGGAGACUACAUGAGUUGUUUCUGGGCUGCGGAUCACACACCGGCGAUAACGUUGACUAUAGAUUUCGAAUGGAAGACGGGUGUGGCGGCUAAGGAUUGGUCUAAUGUUGCUAAGAAAGGCCAAGUUGAUGUAAUGGAGCUAGAGCUAAAGAAGUUGCAAGAUACUGUUUCUUCCAUCCAUGAGGAAAUGUUUUAUCUUCGUGAAAGAGAGGAAGAAAUGCAGGAUCUCAACAGAGCAACUAACUCCAGAAUGUUCUGGUUGAGUUUGGUUUCGCUCUUUGUUUGCUUAUCAGUAGCAGGGGCUCAACUAUGGCACUUAAAGUCCUUCUUCGAGAAAAAGAAACUCAUUUAAAUUUUUUGUGAUAGUUUUUACAUUUUUCUUAUGUGCUCUUGUAAAAUAUAGACAUUAAUUUAUCCUGAAGAUACGCAUAAUGGUAGCCACUAUAUCUCAGAAUAUUGCCUUUGUGAGGCCGAAAUGAAUUUCAAAGAAAUGUUGACCUUCUGCAA